GCUUGGUGCAUUCCAGAGAUGCUUUGACAAAGGGCUACGUCGAGAGUGGAGGCGUGCCAAUUUGGUAUUGUGGAUCCAUGUAUCCGCACACCUUGGUCCUUCGAGCCUUUGUCCGCUCCUUCAGGGCAGCAAGGAUAUUCGUGGGCAAGACUGCCUGGAGAGUCACAGUCUUGUGGAUUAUUCACGGAGCUGUGUGCUGUGCUCACCACCCACCCUGACCUGAGGAGGGAUCAGGCUGACCAACAUGACAAUGGAGUGCCCAAUGUGUGGCCGUGACUUUCCCGAGAGCCAGCUAGAGCACCAUGCAUGGUCAUGUGAUGGAUGGUACAUGCCCACUGAUGUCACUUCAGAGUGGGCGCAGGAGGGUGAAGCGGUGGGCGAGUGCCCGUUGUGUUUCUGCCCAUUCUCCGCGGAACAGAUGGCGGAGCACGCUGCCUUCUGCAACGGCCCCAGUUGCGUGGUGUUACCGGAUGGAGCGAUCUCCUGCCACAGCCGGCAGCAGGAGCAGGAUCCCACGAGCUGCAGCCAGCAUCCAGAGGAAGAUGCCUCCACCCAGGUCACCAGUAACAUCAUGCAACUGUUUCGCAGCUACGCCAAUGUAACGGAGCCAGUAGUUCCAAGUGCUGCAGUGGGCAGCGUGGUUCCCAGGACUAGCGGGAAUGAAGACAGAACUUCGCAGAACGUAUCUGACGUGGUAGCGCAUUUGAUAAAAGUGGGAGGCCAGUUAGACAAUGACGUUGAAUUAAAUAGAUUAUUACAGCCCCUCCUGAACGGCAACGCGCCCCUACAAGUGCUCCAGGCGCUGAUCAAGGGCAUUUUCGGCAAAGGCAACUUCUCCAGCUAUACGCCAUUCAUCUUUCUCUUCUACCUGUCCAAGCGAUUUUUGCCAGGAAUCUUGGAAAGCGAAUUGUGGGCUACUUUUAUUAAAUGGUUGGAAACAUUCGUUAUUGAAGUGGUGGCUCCAUGGAUCAGCAAGAUGGGCGGAUGGGAAGGGCUACUCUAUGCCCUCGGGGGUCUCCUGGCCGCGGGCCUGGUGGCGGGGCUGAAAAUGCUGCUCACAAAGUCAUAGAUUAGUGAACCUGCCACGGCCACAUCAGUGUCCCUAGACCCAUAUCAGCUUCCAAGAUCCAUAUCAGCUUUCCUGGGCCAUAUCAGCUUCCUAGACCCAUAUCAGCCUCCCAGGGCCAUAUCAGCAUCCUAGGGCCAUAUCAACUUC